AUGGCACCGGAAUAUGUGUUGGAUGAAUCUCUUGAAUUUGCAAAUGAUAUGUUCGCUCUUGGUUCUUUAAUAUAUACAAUUCAUAGUCAUGGAAAACCUCCAAUGGAAAAUAGAAAUAGUAUACAUAAUUAUCGUAAAAACGUUGAAAAUUUAUCAAAAAUAAAGUAUGAUCAUCUUCCUUAUCAUCUUCAUGAGGUUAUGUUUAAUCUUCUUACUCGUUACCCUUCACAAAGGAUGACAGCUUCGGAAUUCCAAACAAGCAAAUAUUUUGAUAAUGUUUUAGUCUCUACCGUAAAAUUCUUCGAAAGUUUUCCGGAAAAAUCUAAAGAUGAUAAAGCUAAUUUUAUGAAAGGAUUAAUUCGAAUUUUGCCUCAAUUUCCGGAAAGAGUUUUAAUGCGUAAGAAAUUACCAAACAGUGACUUUUGUGUAAAAGUCCUUGAUCCAUUAAAACCUAUCUUUUCAAUUACUGAACCUAUGCAAAAUAUGAUAUCAUGUCUGGAUAAAAUUGAGUUAUUUCAACAAAAAACUUCUUCAACCAUAUUUAAAGAAGAUGUUAUGCCUUUAAUUUAUAAUGCCUUGGAAGCUAAAACACUUGCUAUUCAAGAAAAAGUUCUUAAAGUUAUGCCAGCGAUAAUUGAAAGUUUGGAUUUACUUACAAUUAAAUCUUCUUUAUUUCCAAGAAUACAGUUUACAAUAACAGAAAAAUUAAUACCUUUAUUAAAAGGGAUUAAAACAAAAGAGCCGAACGUAAUGAUUACUGCUCUUGCUGUAUAUGAUGAAAUGGGUAAAAAUGUUGAAAAAGAUGUUAUAGCAACUGAAGUUUUACCUCAAUUAUGGAAAAUGUCUGUGAAGGAUGAAUCUAAAGAUGUCAUCAAUGAUCCAUUUGAAAUUCCAAGUGAUAGUAAUGAUUUUUCUUCAACAUUUAUUAAUUCUUUAGGAAAAUCUAAUAUUGUUUCACAUCAUAAUUCCAGUAGUAGUAAUAGAUCAUUUUCAGGAUCACAUAUUACAAUACAACCUGACUUUUUUGAUUCAACAUCUAUUUCACCACCUCUGACUCCUCAUCAACAAAGAAAUUCUCUUAUUCAAUCUUUCAGUAGUGGUGUUCCUUCUUUAUCUUCACAAACAAUAACAAAUACUAUUCCUAUGGGAAAUUUGAACAAUUUAUAUACUUCCUCACUAUCAUCCACAUCAACAACAACAUCUUUUACAAAUCCACAAAAUUCAUUAAAUUUAAAUCUUGGAAAUAUUUUAAAACCAAAUGCAUCAUCUUCUGAUGAUAAUAAUAAUAAGUCUACAAGUCAUAAAAAACAAGCUGAUUUAACAAUGUUUGAUCCUUUUUCAUGA